AUUAUUAUUAUUUUACCCGUUUAGUUUAGCGCUGACAGGAAGCUCCAAAGCAGAUGCUAACUUCAGCGUUACUAGCGCUUCUUACCAGUUGGUGGCGGUAAUGCUCACCCAACGUUUUUUUGCCAACCGUUAAUAAAUUUCAACAAGAAGAAGAAGAAGAAGCGUUACUAGCGGCUAGCGGCUAGCUUGUAGCAUCGAUCGACAUACUGAGCGGCUUUUAUUUCGCAGCAGCAAAACAAGGGAACUCCAGGACUUCUUCUUUUCUAAAUCAAGUGUAUGUAUUAAAUCUUUCUUGUUUUCUGAUUUUCAUUUUAUUACUACAAGAAUUGGCUCUGAAGACCAAAAACUAGUAUCUUGAAGUUUUGUCCUCAAGAUUCAGUGUCAAUUAUGGAAUUUUAAGGUUAGGGCUUGACCAAUAAAAAGGUUUGAUUUUGAACAAGAGAGGACAAAAUUUAACCAAUAGGGGCAGAUGAUACACUCUAUUGGUAGCGGCUAACCCUUAGCCUGUCAAAGUCUUCUCAAAGUGCUUACUCUUGUAUCUUGUCUCGGUUCUGGGUCACCCUGUAGCUAUUUCAUGCCCACAGAGAGAACCUUCUUGGCUUUUCUUAGUUUCCAACAUAUUUAACAUGUUUACUAGAUUUCUGUUUCUCUUAGUUGUUCCUUUUGGUUAGACAUUGAGAUAAAAAAAAAUCUACUAGUAAAAAUGGAACAAACAAAGGUAAUUUCUAAGAAUAUGUGUGCCCUUGUUGUCUCCAGAAACAAUCAGAUGGACCCAGGGCCACCGCCGUCAUAGACAGAAGAGCUAGUAUUUAACUUUUUGAAGAUAUUGUAAAGAGUCAACUAACUAUGAACUGUCUGAAAAUUGGGUGUGAUUUGAUGCGUAGCCAGUAACAUUUUCUGUGGGAGACAUUUUAUGUUAUUUUGUACUCCACAAAGUCUGACACAAACAGAUCAAAUCGGAAAAGUUACUUCACUGUAACUCUUUAUCUACUGACAGAUAUAGCAGUCAGUUUGCUGCUACGUCUUUUCCCCCCCACUUGGUUUCCCCAAAUGCUGCCAGAUAAAACUGAAAGCGGUGGAGGCUUCGUCAAUGUAGUCAUUUCCUCUUCUACUUCAAACAGAAUGUCAGGCUUAAACUACAUGGCAACUAGAUAGGGUUUCAUUUUUAUUUUAAUUCUUCCAUUUUGAUGGAAAAAUGUCAAUAUUUAAAAAUUUGGAGAUCUCUUUCCACCCCUAAUGUAACUAAGUAGCAAAAAAAAAAAAAUCUGAGAAAAGAAGGUGCCUGUGACAUAUAAUGAGCGAGAGAGGAAGAGAGUGAAAAGGGAGAGUCAACAAGCCAAGGACGUGCCCAUUUAUGCACAAAAGGCACUUGCUUGAAUGCGUGAAUGUGUGUGAGUGCAAGAGAGAGACACCAUGAGGGAGGGCAGGAGUGAGCCAGAGAGGGAGGAGAGACUCGGAAACAGGGAGGAGGGAGAGAAACGGAGCGAUUGCGUGAGAUACUGACAGCCAGUCCUGCCACGGAACGGCAGCAGCAGCAGCGGCAGGAGAGCGAGCAUCGCCAGCGGACGGGACACACACACUCCGAGCGGACCGAGGAUUUAAGGGGAAAACACGCCGACGAGGAAGCGACGACAAAAGGGAGAGGAUGGAAUAAAGCAAAACAAAAAACAAACAAAAAAAAUUGCUUUUGUGAGCGCCUCACACUUCUGUUUGGAGCAUCCCACAAGCAGAGCACCAGUGAAAACACAUACAUAUGAUAUAUAUAUAAAAUUCCUAUACAUAUAUAUCAAAUUAUGCCUGUUUUCAAAGAAGCUGCAGCCGGACAACGACUGAAUUGACAUCAAAAAGCUUCAAAAAAAUUGGGAGAUAAUAUGCAGCGUUUUGCUUAAAAACUGUUGCAUAUUAAACCUUUGUUGUUAUUUUUUUUUCCUGUUUUUUUUUUUUUUCCAAUAGGGGGGUGAAAAUGGAGGCAAAAAUAGAACAAUUCUAUAACUGGAAACUGAGUAGUCGAUGUGAGAUUGUCUCAAAAGCGCUUUUGCUGUGCCGUGUCCUGCAUUUCCAUUUGGGCUUCUUUUGAAAACGGGAUAUUAUUGUUUCUUUCUCUGCCCUUGGUGCCACGCUGCCGUCGGCUGUCGCGUCUCCACUUGUCUCUGUUGUCCGCUCGGGCUGGGCUAGCUUUGUUCCAGAAAGGCUCCUGAGAGGGCUCUGCUGAAAGUGCAGAGGGCAGUCUGCGGGAUCCAUGACCCCACGGUGAUAUUUCCUCCAGCAGCGGCACAAAACAAACCAAAACAAAACAAGUCUUCCCAGGUCUUAAGAGGAAAGGGUGAGAGACGGAAAGAGGUGGAAACAUCAAAGGAAGGAUGUGAUGGAGGGAAGAUUAGGAUAAGAGCAUGUAAUGAAAAUAAAAAGUGAAAGGGGAGGGAAAACAAAACCACUGAAGAAGAAGAGGAAGCCAUGAUCCACCGCGAAAUGGACGAAUAAUUUUAACCCGUUAAUCUUUUCUUCCGUUCAUGGAGCAGAUCCAAGACGUCAAAAUAAUAGCUUCAGUACAAGAGCCCUUCUUACUCUCUUCCCCCUCUCUCAUCACCUGUGCACUUGCAGGGCAGAGCUGAGUCGGCUGAAAGCCAAGAGUGGAGUCCUGGGUCUGUCAGAGGCCCCUGGUUCCGAGGAGAGGAGGGAUUUCAGGGGAGCAGCAGCAGCUCUGCGUGCGGCCGGCGCCAAAAGCCAUUGGACUCCUGUGUGUGUACCACUUAAAAAGCUCCAGACUGAUACUGUCAGUGUCCUGUCAUCAGGGAGUUGAGCUCUUUUUGUGGAUGCGUGCGUGUGGAAGCAUGGAUGUGCACGAGUGAGAGAUAACAAGCCUCAGGUGCACUUCUGGACGGCGAUCACCACAGGAAUUGAGCCUGGACUGAUCCGCCAAAGAUACUUCACAGCUGCUGAUACCUGUUGGGCUCUGUGGCUGAAAAUAGAAAAGCAGCAGAUCAGUUAAUAAAGACGUCAGCGGCCGAGAGAGCGGAGGGGAGGAGGGGGUGGGGGAGUAACAUUUACCAAAGUGGACUACAUUGGUGCCAAAAACAUGGCCACCGCGAAAAUAAAAAAGCUCCUUUUCAACUGUGACAUUGAGAAAAGCAGGAUGAUGGAUGCAAGUUAAGACCUGUGACGGAGAUAUUAACAUUUUUUUUCUUCCUUUCUGGACGCCUGAACCGAUUUGACUUCAGUGCUGAGGUGACAUCCACUCAGGGAUAGGAGUCUAUGUUUGGAGUGAAAGCCCUUCCAUGUGGAAACCUUCACUAGCUGCAAGUUUGAAUUUGCUGUGCCCGCCAGCACUGUUAGGAACCUACAGUUCUCACGUUUCACGGAUUAUUCAUCCACUCUGUGGGAGUUCAUUGCUGAAAAUGCCGGGGGAAAGUUCAUUCGUAUGUAAUCCAUCCUCCUAAAUUGGAUCCUCCUCCCCGAGGGUUUGGAUUUGUCUACAACCACCUCUGCUGUCUGGCGGAGACUUCGAUGGCUUUGUAAAAGGAGCUUUUUGGUCUUCUAUUAUCGGUCCCUGUCCGAACUGAGACGCUGCAGGACUCUGGAGUAAGUCCAUCAUGACCGCUCCAAUGUGUUUGCUCAUGUUGAACUUUUCACUGGCCAUGUUACUGGGCCUGACCACCCUGAGUGGACUGAGCUCAUGCCCGUCAGGACAAGUUUCAGCGCAGGUCUCUUCCAACAACCAGAGCACAGAUUCGUCUGUGUUACCAGAGGCGGCACUGGCAACACCGACGCCGGACCCGGAGCUACAGACGGAUUCAACCAGUGGGAACCGCUGCUGGGGGUACUAUGACGUCAUGGGCCAGUGGGACCCGCCAUUUAACUGCAACGCAGGCAUCUACCUGUUCUGUUGCGGUUCCUGCUUCUACCGCUUCUGCUGCCAGUUCAGAGUCCACAGUCUGGACCAGACCUCCUGUUCCAACUACGACACACCCGUGUGGGCAAACACCGGGAAACCGGGGCUGCCAGUCACGGAGGUCCACCAGGAACCGGAUCGAGAUCGGACCCACAUGAUUGUUUACAUUAUCUGUGGGGUGGUGGCCAUCAUGGUGCUGGUGGGGAUUUUCACAAAACUCGGACUGGAGAAGAGUCAGGGAGGUCAAACGGACAUGACGAACUCAAGGACUCUGACGGAGCUUCUGAAGCAGCCGGGGGAGGCAGGAGCUGUGGAUGGAGCUGGAAUUCAUCAUCCCAUCGGGAUGAACGGCAUCACGGCCAGAACCAUGCGCACCAACAAUGAUCACAACCACUUGAACAAUGCAGCUCUAUCCCCGCUGGGACCGGCCAUGGCCUUGUCUCACCCUCACAACAACCUGGGAAUUGGCUUCAAUAAGUACACCUCGCUCAAGGCCGUAGACACAGGUAUAAGAGACUACUACAAGAGCUACCCAAUGGUAGAUUACACCCACCGCCAAUCUCCUCCAACCUUCCAGCCAAUCAACUUCCACCCCAAGGACAAGCCCUUCCUGCCGCCUCCCGACGUCCACGCACCUCUUGCCAUCACCAUCAACGCCUCCCAGAUGCCCAAGCCCAAGAUCUCCAAAACCAACACGCACCCGCUCACCUCCAGCUCGGCCUUCAAAGCGUGGGACCCGAGCAAGAGCCACGUCCCGCACCCGACGGCAACCCACAUGGGCAUCAGCGCGCAUCAGCAGCAGCACCACCCCAUCCAGCAGCAGCACCACCAGACGCUGCAUCAGCAGAACAGUCGGCGCCAGGCCUACUCCAACAAGAGGCAGUUCAGCAUCGAGACGUUGCCCGAGCUCUUCUCGCAGCCGCUGGGCUACGGCCACUCGCCGCACAUGCACCCCAAGCACAAGGGACUGGCCACCAACAGCAAGACGGAGGUGACGGUGUGAGCGAACAAAGAAACGGCGUCGAGGGGAAGCGCUCUGAUAUCCUUUAUAUCCACAGCUACCAUGUUGUGUAGCAAGCAAAUAUCACAUCUGGGAUUUCUAUGAACUGCAUUUUCCUCAACAUUUUUAACUGGAACCAAGAUAACAGCGUGUGUGCGGCAUUUGUAUGUUUUUGAGACCACCGGAUUGAAACCCCAACGGAUGAGCCGUGAAGGUGACGUAGCAGCAGGUGUCAGCUGUGACCCUUUGAGCCUGGCAGCUUUUCUAAAUAAUUGAGUGGCCUCUUGGUGUGUUGACACACCUCUCUGUAUGGUCUCCCUCUUGCAACUUUGCCACAUUCUGCUCCACUCUGUAGCCCCUCUCCACCACGUCCAAGUGUUCAGAUUCCACUCAGAGACUUUUCUUACCCUUAAACCCAAAGUCCAGACUCCGAGGCUAUGAGAGAAGCCAGCAGGGAGAUGUUUUUCUCUUUUUUUUUUCUCCUGAAAGUUUGGCUUCUCAUCAGCUGAAACAAUAUCAUUGGGUUGUCAGCUCUCAUUGCCCUCCAGUGUUUUUAAGAGAGAGAUAUCAGCCUUGCAAUUCAUACCAGAGAGGAGGGCAGGGGAUGGGGGGGGGGGUGGAGGAGGAGGCAUUUAUCUCAAUCCAGAGGCAAACGCGAUGAGAAGGGAUCCAAACCGCGUGCAGACCCACACAUGCGAAACGUGCACACACUCGUCAAAUUUUACCGAGAGUUUCUGGCAAUGUCAGAAAGCCUGCAGACUCCGCAUCUAUUCCCCUGGAGACAAAGAGAAACACAAUUUUCUCUCAAAACUCUAAUUCUACUAGACUUGUGAAAUGAAUCAGUGAGCUGUCUCAUUGGAAGCUAGAGCUUGAUGAUGUUUAUAGCUGCAAAAGAAGCGACUGAUGCUUUAAAAUGGGACAGAAAAGUCCAAUUUGUCCAGCCAGAUCAUUGUGAAGAGUAGCUUCACAAACGCACCAGAGAAUCCGUCAACUGCAUAUCUGGUGUUUCUAUUUGGGUUGAGUACAUUCUCUAAGAUUCCCCUUGCUAUUUUCAGCUCCGUACAUAUAAAGUGCCCUGUAAAACGUAUCUGUACCCCUUACAGUCAGAAGCACAAACGUUAUUGUGUCAACAAUUGCUAGGGAAGAAAAGGCCUAUUUAAGACCAAAGAGGACAAUAUCCCAAGUUUUUAGCGUAGGUGGAUGCGGCUGUCGACCUAAACUAAAAGACUAAGUAGGGAGAACAUUAAUCGAGAGAAGUGAACAAAGAGGUCCAGGGUAAUUCUGAGGGAUAUACAGAAUUACCCAGAGAAUCUGUAAACAGGAAUACUAAAUUCAGCCUCUAUGGAGGAGUUGUAGGUAGAAAGUUAUUCUUUAAAGAAAGCUUUAAAUUUGAAAUUUAUUUAGGUGAAACAGAUCGCCUAAAUGUAUUUAGAAUCUGUUAGAUGCUGCAAAAGACUGGGAUUCAAAGUUUACCUUCCAGCUUUAACACUCUUAAUAUACAGCCAGAGACACAAUGGUGAUAUAAACCAAGACAUGGUCCAGUCAAUGUAAAGAUCUAAAUCCAAUUCAGACUUUACCACCAAACUGAUUUUUAAAGUUGCUCUCUGUCCAAUUUGACUCAACUUGAGCUAUUUAGCAAACGAACGGUCAAACAUUUCAGUCUCUAGAAAUACAGAGGGGUAGAGUCACCGCUCCAGAAAGAACACAUCAAGAUUUCUGAUUGGAGCAUUACAAAAUGUAAAAAAGCUCAAGCAGUGCGAGUACUUUUUGCAAGGCUCUGCAUGCAUACUGGCUUCCUUACUGAUUCUUAACAACAUGGAGUGUUUCUGGGUGUAAAGGAGAGAAAGCACUAGAGAACAAGAACACCUUCUCCUGGAUGGAGCCGUUUGAUGCCAGUGUUUAGUGCUGCUGCUUGCGCUGCAGUUUGCUUCACUCCCUCUUAAUGAAGUGUCUCAGCACUACACGUGAGUGACUGCUAGCACUUAAACAAAUCACUAAUGUAAUUCAUGCCUCGGAUGCACACAGCUUACACAUCAAGAGAGCUUACUUGGUCUGAGGCUAUGCUUUCAUCCAAAUGGAGGAAAAACAAAAUGAGAACUUUUUUUCCCUCCUGUUCUAAUGCCCGACCAGCAAUUUAGAUGUUCGGAUUUGCAGUUUUCUAAUGUGACCUAAAAUCUUUUGGUUUCGUGUUGGUGCCCUAGUCGUCCUACUGGCAGGAUUUAAGGAAUGCAACGUCAAGCAAGACUUGCCUCGAUGUUCUGUUGGGUUGAAAUCCUUCGUAAGUCCAAAACCUUCAUUUCGUUUUUGUUGAGCACGCAGCACAUUCGCAUUCUCAACACGUCGCAUGCGGAUGCUUGAUCACAGGCCUACUGUGUAACAUUUGAUGGCCCCAGAAAUCCCCUAGGGCCGCUUUUCAGUGUGCAGGGUAUAGUGAUUUACACCAGCAGCUCUCUGAAUGAGAACAGGGGAUGCUGCAGAGGCAAUAGAAAGCAAAGAGACCCUUCGUUGGUUAGACGAUUUGAUAGUAAGACUAUCUAGUACUAUCAAUUAUUCAAUCAAUGCUUGUUCACCUUGUUCUCCGUUUGACUUAUCAGGCAUUGCAGUCGGUUGUAAUGAAACCAUUUUAAAUACAGAGCCCCUCACAUUUCUCGGCGCCUCUGGUAAAAAAAAGAAAUCUUAUGUUUUAUUGUAGCAGCAUGAUUUCAGGUGGAAAAGUGUAUAAAACUCUUUAAUCUGGCUACAUUUAUUCAGCGAAGAAAAAAUAUGUUAAGAAGAAAAUCGACAGUGCCCCUAAAAAUCCCUUCAAACAUGUAUGUGAUUAAAGCAUCUCUAAUGAAUGCGUUACUAUUUUUUAAGCUCCAAAAGGUACAAACAUGCCACAAAGACAGUUUGAGAAGAAAAAAAAAGCUAAAUACAUAUUCAGUUCAUCGUUGGAUGCGGCAUCUACAAGCUAACUGCUCAUUUUAAAGUUAGCUAAACUCUCUUGGGACUUUAACUGGUGUCGGGUGUGUUUGUCAGACAAAACUAAAGCUGGUGUCACACCGUUGUUUCCCAUCUUGCCAAGUAAGCAGACUUUUGGAACAUAAAGUCUUGCCAUAUCUUUGAUGUAAGCAUUCCAGAUAGCGCAUGUUUAUUGGGAUCAAGGAUGCAGAAUUCAGUAUGUUGCCACAUUCUGUUGAGAACACUGACGUCUCGUCUCAUUGUAUGUUUUCUUCAUAUUUAAAGGUCGUCUGACUGCCAGAGAAUGAAAUUUCAACGCUUUUGCCCAUUCAAGAGCAAAUGCGUUAGUACAAAUGCAAACCUCAAAUAUUUGGCAGUCAUUCUAAGUAGAGACUUUCCCAGAGCAUCAGUUUAAUAUUAGGGAACAUCUCUGGCGACAUUUGGCAUUAUGGAUACAUAUUAAUCUAACACAAUGAUUAUGAGAUCUAAAAUUUCUACAGUGUAUGUUUCUGAGGGACAAUAUACACUGCCACCAUCAGACAUGCAAUUAAUUUCCAUGAACAAACCCAAACUGGCAGAAUUAGACUUGAAUUCAAUGCUCCAGCAAACCUCUUGUACGUUUUGGACCUCCUUAGCCUUUUAUGUCCUAAAUUUAAAAUCUCCGCCUGGAUAUUUUUGCUUAUUUUAAUUGUACGUAGUUCUUUAAAUGUCCUGUGAGUAAAUAUAUAUUUGCCCAUUUAUCCAUAACAACUAGAACUUUCCAUAUCUAGCAACUUAUUUUCGCAAUUUACCGUCUAUUAAAAGAUUGCCGCCCCUCAGAUUAAUUUCACUUCCUGCUACGACGGGGGGUGAAAUUACCGUAGUAACCCGAUAUCGGCUGGAAAGCGCAACGUCUCCCCGUUCAGAAACCGUUGGAAUUUGUCAGAUUGCACAAAGUGUGGCGGAAUUACGGUACUGCAAAUUUGUUUGGACUGUCGGCGCUCCGUUUAGGAUUUUAGAGGAUUAAUUCAGGAUGUCGCCUUUGAUUAAAAACUAUCUACAGGUGAAAACCGGACUCGUCUAAUGAUGUUCAAACACAGUGUUCUCGAUGUUAUGUGCGCCUUCCAAAAACCCUAGCUACUUAGAAUUGCUUUUAUUGCUCUUAGGUAGUUACUGGCUAUUCACAAGUACUUUCACUCAACACUGCUUAAAAAAAUAUUGAAGAAUGUCCUUCUGCCUGACUAACUACACAAGUACCUUUUGAAUCUUUUAGAGAACUUGUCCAGCAAUGACUCCUCCUCAAACCAAUAUUCCUAAAAAAAAAAAAAAAACGCCUUUUUUUUUAAAGCUCAAGUCCCAGUUACUGAUUGAAUUCACCUUCAGUUGUUAUCAUAAGGACAGCAGAUAUGCCGCAGUGGAUAAGUCUGGCACAUGCUUUCAGCACAUCAGGCAUCAAACUGCACCACUUACCAUAGUCACACACUAUUUAGCUCUUUUCUUUUUAAUCUUUCCCUCUCUUCUCUCUUUUUGUCAUUCUGUCUGCCUCUCUCUCCCACGCCAUCCCCCCCCCCCCUCCCUGCAGACUUUCUUCUGCCGCCAGAACCUCCCUCUGUGCAUCCAUAUCCAUGAAAGGCUGAGCGAUGGGUACCAAGAGCUUCUCUGGUGUUUGGUGCCCACCGCUUCGAGCCGCUACGAACCAUGAGAAUCUCCCUGGGUCCUCCUCGUGUGCGAGUGACUGUGUGUUGGGAGUCGGCCAUGAUAGACGACAGUGUCAUGGAAAGCAUAGCGGGCUCCAGAUUCACUCCCCGCUGAGCAGUCAGACACAAGCACGAUUAAGCUUGCACAAAUGCAGACUGCAACAUGAAUUUGCCACGUGUUUCUCUACAUCUGGACAUAUAGAAAUUCCACUGAAAGGAAAGUGUGAGCUUUACAUUUGUCUUGGGUGAAAUUUCGCUCAGACAAAUGAGCCGGUUUGUAUUUAAAAUUUAAUUGAGAUGCAAAUGAACACGUCCAGAUGAAAAAAAAGGGGGGGGCGAAGCAAUGAAGUAAAACUUU